UUUCCCAAAAACUCCACUUAGAGCUUAGAUCCAAACGCCAAUUAAAUAUUGCGUUGUCUGCGUUGCCAGCUGUAGUUCACGUGACUGAAUAACACUGCUGGCAGCAGUUCCAACCUGUUCGAUUUCUAACCUUCCAAUAUACGUAGUGUUACCGAGUAUACCAACCAAAUAUGGAUUUUAAGAAUAAAGUCGUGGUUGUCACCGGUGCUAGCUCCGGCAUCGGAGCUGAAACAGCUCGACAAUUUGCCACCCUCUCCGCGAACCUUGUACUUACCGGACGAAACGAAGAAAAUCUCAAAUCACUCGCCGCCGAUUGCCUCAAAGCAAACAAAGAUUCCAUUCCGCUUGUGCUCGUUGGUGACUUGUGUGAUGAACAAUUCGUAGCAGGAAUUAUUGAUGAAACAAUUAAGAAAUUCAAUAAAAUCGAUGUCCUGGUCAACAAUGCCGGCGUCCUGGAGAAUGGCAGCAUUGAAACAACCUCCUUGGAUCAGCUGGAUAGGGUGAUGAAUGUUAAUGUGAGAGCAGUGUAUCAACUCACAAAUCUAGCUGUUCCUCAUUUGAUUAAAUCCAAAGGAAACAUUGUGAAUGUCUCCAGUGUAGUGGGCUUGAGAGCAUUCCCAAAUGUUCUUGCUUACUGCAUGUCAAAAGCAGCACUUGAUCAGUUCACAAGAUGCAUUGCCUUGGAAUUAGCUAGCAAAGGAGUGAGAGUGAAUUCUGUGAAUCCUGGAGUGGUGGUCACCAAUCUUCAUAAGAGAGCAGGGAUGGAUAAUCAGCAAUAUGAUGAAUUUGUUGAGAGGUGUAAGACUACACAACCUUUGGGGAGAGCAGGAAAUGUAGAGGAAGUUGCAAAAAGUAUUUUGUUCCUUGCCAGUGAUAAUGCGUCGUUCAUAACCGCAGCGACGCUUCCUGUUGAUGGUGGAAAACAUGCGCUUUGUCCUAGAUAAAUACAUAUCAUGUUAAUCAUUAUGUGCUGCUGUUUAAAACUUGAAAUAAAUAUUUUGAACAAAAA